AAUUAACCACAAGCAGUUGGCUGCACUAAAAUUGCUUGCCUGUCAAUAUUACAUCAUUUAUCAGUCUCACAUCUCUUUGUUUAUGGAAUUGAAGUCAAUGGGCUCUGCUAAUUUACAAGUCUCUGAGUGAUAACCUCUCUCUGGAAUUCUGAAUAACAGCACAAUGCUUCGUCGUGACAUUCGUUUCUUUAUGUUCAUGGGCUCUUUCAUUCUAUUAAUUGUGGCACUCUACCAGUUGAGAUCUACGCCCGAUUCUGAGCCAAGUCAUCCUAAACCAAACAUUAUGGAUUUGAACCCCAAAGAAAAAAGUCGAAACUUGAAGUCGUAUGUAGAAGGAGAACAUCAGACAUUUGAAGUCAAGAAAUAUUCACUGCGAGAUUAUGUGAUACGAAAUGUGCAACAGUUUGUAUUUUUUGUCGGGUAUGCUAGAAGUGGACACAGUAUUCUAGCAAGCAUUCUUGAUGCUCAUCCGAAUGUGGUCAUAUCUCACGAGUACUCUCUCUUUCAUCAAUGGGAUGAUGAUCCGAUAAAUCACACCGAUAAGUCCUGGCUUUUCAGCACACUUUAUGACAGCUCUAGCAAUAGUGUGGAGGAGGGUCUUCGACGGAAAGAAUCUUCAAAGAAAGGUUAUAGUCUUGCUGUGCCUGGGUGGUGGCAGGGGAAAUUUGAUGGAAUUAUUGACGUGAUUGGGGACAAAUCAGGUGGAAUGACUGCUCAGGUGUAUCGAAAGAGCAAGGAGCAUUUUAAGUAUCUUUAUCAGCAGCUAAAGAACACGAUACAGAUGCCCAUUAAAGUGUUCCACGUUGUUCGAAAUCCCUACGAUAAUAUAGCUACUAUGAUUCUCUAUAACACACACCAGAAGAGUAAAGUGAACGAGACACACCAGUUUGACGAUGUUGAUAAGUUGCGUCAACAGAUUACAGCGUACUUCAACCAAGUUAGGAGUGUUAUCAAGAUGAUCAAUGAAGUGCCUCUGGACGUAAUUGAAGUACACAACACGGACAUGAUUUCCAACCCUAAAGGCGUUAUGAGAACUGUGUGUGAGGCAUUGCAGAUACGAUGCUCACAAGAGUAUCUGCACAUGUGUGCCAAGACUGUUUUUGUAUCCGAAUCAAAGUCAAGGCAUUUGGUGAAGUGGACACCUGAACUACUUGAUAUGGUCGCUGAUGGUAUUAAAAGCUUCAAACAUCUUCAAAGAUAUUCUUUCAGUGGAUAAUCAAACCUACUAUCACGUUGUAUGUUUAUAUGUUAAUCACACUGUUUAUUCACACUGUUUUUUUGUAUCAAAUUUCUUAAGUUUCUUAUUUAUGCUGUUUCUCGGCAACCAACCCAUUUAUAAUAACCAACAAUUUAAUGUAUUUUCAACUCUACUA